UAUACAUCACACGAUCCUAAACAAAAACAAAACAGAGGCACAAGUAGAAUCAAUCAACAGACAAAACCGAUCAUCCACAAAAACAAGAGAACUUGUAGAAAGGAAAGAAGAGUGAAGAAGUUUUGAGAGCUUGUGGUGGUGCUAUUUGUUGAAAUUCAAUGCUGCAACUAUUCUUCGCUGUGGCCUUCUCGGCUGUACCUUUGACUCUGUAUGUACCGCCGAUCCGAAGCCUAAAUCUGUUCGUGGAGACCAUAGAAGAGCUUCUUCGCCAGACCACAACCUAUACAGUCAGAGCCUAUCCUCGUGUACGCCUUGCUUUUUCUCGUAUCCUCAACUCUAUUAUCCGCUUAACCAGGUAGACUCUUUUUCAUUCAACCCCACAAUCAAUAAUUGUAUAAAUUUAAGACCCAACUCAAUUAUUGUCUACUUAUUUUUGAUGGGUUUGUUGUAAUUUGU